GUUAAUAAAAAGGAGCUGAAGACAUCCAGCAUCCAGCACACCGAGACACACGGAUGAAAAAAGCGGCAGGGGUGUGUGUGUGUGUGUAUGUGUGUGUGAGUGAGCGUCUGUCUGUGUGAAUAAAGAAACAGAAACAAUUGGGUGUUAACAGUGUGAGCGGGAGGCUGAGUCCAGAGCAGAGGACACGGGAGCACAGCGAAGGAGAAGGAGGGUGAGAAAGAGUCAAAGAGAGACAGAGGAGAGAGCAAAGAGCGAGGAGAGAUCAUCAGAGCGUGGAACAGGUUCUUUCUGGAGCCCUCGCACUCAGCCUCAGCCUCAGCAGACAUGCCUAACUUUGCCGGCACCUGGAAGAUGAAGAAGAGCGAGAAUUUUGAUGAACUUCUCAAAGCUCUAGGAGUGAACGCCAUGCUGAGGAAGGUGGCCGUGGCAGCGGCCUCCAACCCUCAUGUGGAGAUCCGUCAGGACGGGGAGCAGUUCUACAUCAAAACCUCCACCAGUGUGCGCACCACUGAAAUCAACUUCCACAUCGGUGAAGAGUUUGACGAGGAGACGGUGGAUGGACGGAAAUGCAAGAGCCUCGCCACCUGGGAGUCGGAGAACAAAAUUCACUGUCAGCAGACUCUGGUGGAUGGUGACGGCCCCAAGACCUUCUGGACCCGAGAGCUGAAUGGAGAUGAGCUCACACUGAUUUUUGGUGCGGAUGACGUAGUGUGCACAAGGAUUUAUGUCCGGGAGUGAAGCGCUACGACCUUCAUCAGACCGAGGCAGACGCCCAUUUGGGCCACAGCUCAUUUAAACCCAACAACACAUCAUGCUAACAUGCUAACGCAUUUGCGACGUAUCCUGUAUUAUCUCUCAGCAUCAGCCUGCUUAGUAUCCCAUAGCAAUGUUUCUGUAAUCUGGUUAUUAAUAGUGAAUAUUGUGUCAGCAGUAAAGUAGCUGGUAUCUCUAUAUCCAUACGUACAAUCCUGGUGUCGGCUGUUUAAGUAGGAGUUAGUCAUCAGUUGCAUCGAUUAAAUGUUCAUGUUCAAUGAGAACACACAAUAAAAAAUGGAAACAAA